AUGCUCGUAGACUUUACGCGGAAGAAGAGGCUCGUAUCGCGGGCCCCCGAGAGAAGGAAGUCCCCCGGGAAAAAGACUAUCUCCAGAAAAAUCAAACUUUCAGAAUCAGAUCGUGCUUUAAUCGAGUGCAAUUCCCUGCUCAAUCCUUCAGGCAGCAUUUUCAGUGACAUUCCCCUGGACCCAGAGAGUGCAGAAAUUGCUGCAAUUAUUUCCCCCUGCAGAAAAAAGAAAAACACAAUUUCUCUCUAUGAACAGUACAGGCCUGAACUCGACGAAAUCAAAGACAAAACCAGUAAAUAA